GUUUACGGAAUAAACAGUUGAAACCCUAGUUGAAAAAGCUUAAUCAGCAAAGUAGUUAAUCUGAAAGCAAAAGACCCUAAUGGCUAACCAGGAGCAGCUUCCAUGGGAUUUGACUGAAGAGAUCCUCUCUUGUGUCCCUCCUGAAUCUCUUGUCCGGUUCAGAACCGUCUCCAAACAAUGGAACGCUCUUUUAAGAGACAAGACGUUCAUCAAAAAACACAAGACCAAGAUGACGUAUCGAUUCAUCUUAGCAACCAAAUCCAAGAUUUAUUCGGUGAGCGUCAAUCCAGAGAUCGAGGUGCUUGACUUGACGUUAGAUAUUCCUGCUUUAGAACCUCCUCAGUUACCUAGACGCUUGAUGGAUUGCGAUGGGCUUUUGCUAUGUGACAUGGGUAAAAGAGCCAUGGUUUCGAACCCAUGGUUAAGACAGACUAGAUGGGUCGAGCACGAGGGUGACCAUAGUGGUCUUCUAUUCAGUGGCAUAGGUUAUGAUGAUGAUAACCGUUACAAGGCCAUUGGGACUCAUUGGAGGCAACUAGAUCCUCUAAAGACAUUUUGGAAAACCCUUGAUUUUUUAUCCGACGCAUGGAAGGAACAAAGAGGUGUGAUUAAGUCUAGUGGUACUAGUAGUAAUAGUACUACUGAGGAAGCUAGACCUGUUACUAUGCACAGUACCAGCGGUGUGUCUUUGAAUGGAACUUGGUAUCGUGUUGCUUCUUAUAACGAAACCAAGUACUUGUACUUCAUAGUUAACUUUGAUUUUACUAAGGAAACAUUCAACCAGUUUUGUGAUCUGCCGUGUGAGGAUAACAAGCAUGAUGAUGCUCUUGUUCUUAGGGUAUUUAUGGGAGAUCGGUUUUCGUUGUUAAAGCAAUCCAAUCUAACAAAGAAGAUUCAGAUUUGGGUAACCAAGAACAAGAUUCAUAAACAGGAUGGUAGAUAUGUGGAAUGGAUGAAUUUCAUGGAAGUGUCAGUUCCUAACUUGCCGGAUUUGGUACAGCCAAGUUACUUCAUCGACGAUAAAAGGCUUGUAGUGUGCUCUUGCGACAAAGAUGGUCAGGCUUGGAUCUAUGUUGUGGGGAACAAUAACUUGAUCAGUAAAACCAAAGUAGAUCAUGGUGUCGAUUGUUGGCCUACGCAUUGUUCCUUUAUUCCCAGCUUGGUCUCGGUUCCUGGAGGUAAAAGAGAAGAAGCGGAAUGACUAGUUUCAUCUCAUUACAUUCAGCUUCUUGUUUGCUUCUUGAAGAAGCUUCGGUUGAUUUGGGUUUUGUGGUUUUCUUUAACAACUUUCUUUGUUGGAAGUAGAGAUUUUGCUAAGUUUCCUUUUUGUUUUUGUUUUGCUUUUAUUUUGUCAGAAUGGUUUCUUUUAUAAUUUUUUGGAGCAAACAAAAUUAUGUU